AUGAACUCGGCCAGCGUAUCUCUUUGACUGAUAACAUCGCUACUCAGUGUGGGUUCACCCAUGGCGUUGACCUCUAUGGAAAUCCAGAAAUCCGUAUCUCAUUCCUGGCUUGUUCCGUCCGCAAUAUGUUUGACCAGGAUUUCAGCCUCCGGCUCCAGGUGGAAGUUACCAGCCUUGAUAACAUAACUGCUGCUUAUGAAGUGUCCAUGAAUUGUCUCCUUGAUGCCCCAUGGAGCCCUCGUGAGAUUGUUUGUGAGGAGAAUUACAUGGAGGUUUCUGUCCGGCGGGCUGUCCCAGGAAGAGCAAGUGAGGCCUUGAAUGAAGAUUGGAUGGCAGUGUGGCCUGUGGCUCAAGGGGCAAUGAACCAAGUCUGGCAAGUGGUUUUCCAUUUCCAAAAUGGCGCCACUGAGAACAUGACAGCUACCCACGCUUAUAGCUUGGGCUAUGGCUUCAAUACAACAGCUACCCGUGUUCUCUUCCGCACCCCUUACAACACCCAGCAGACCGAAGUGGCUAUGGUGCAGGGCUUGGAAGUGAGAGUAGCCCGAGCCACCAUCUUCUAUAAACAGGCCUGGAUGAUCCUGAUUGUGGACACUGCUGUGGCCUGCCCUGUCAACCCUCCCACUUUUAGCACCACCGCCUUGCGCUGGACCACGCCACGGAUCAUGCCGUCGCUGGUGAAAUUCCCCCUUCAGUUCGAAGAUGAGGCCAUUGAAAUGGGUGUGGACGGGCGCAGAAUUGAUAGUAGCACGAUUGUGCGGAAUGGGUACAGCUUCCUGACAGACGCCGACUUCAUCAGCAUCACAGUCCCGAUUGGAGCCGCAGGAGGAAUCACCGAGAGUGACGUGAUCGACAAUCGUUAUGGCACCAUGUACAGCAUCAAACUCCUCCUGGACCGCAGAUGGCGAGGAGAUGAAAGUGACCGGACCCGUCAUCGGAUCUUCAAGUUUAUCCGCGCACCCUUUGCCCCACAGAUACCGGUGCUCAUUGACAACACGGUUCCAGAGAAUGGCUACUUCGACGUCAGCAUAGGGAACUUCCUCGCCGAUGUGGAACUGUCUGCCGUUGCGAUAGGCGGCAAACUCUUAACGCCACCAGAAAUCAAAGGAUAUGGCUGCACCCUGGAGGAAGUCCCCAACGCCAACCACACCCGAGUUUUCAUUCUCAAGGUCCCUUUCUCCAACCCGCUGGUGGAACAGAAGUAUCUGUAUGGCAACAUCAGGAAAUACACUCUGCACCUUGACUAUACAUUUUUCCUGCUCCCAAAGGGCAAGUCGUUUACCCAUCCUGGAAUAAUUGAAUGCGAAGUUGCUGAUGUAGUUCUUCCCGUGUUUGAGGGCUUCUGCGAUGGAGGACAUAUUGGCGUGGUCAUGACCCACGGGACUCUGGAUCGCUACUGGGUUCCUUAUGUGGGUAACCUUCAACUGACAAAUGAACUUGCAGUAUCGCAGAAUUACACCGUUCAAGAUGAUGGCAGCUACUUCUACCUGUUCGUGCCAUUUUUGGCUACUGGCUUGAUAUACGAGGAUAUCUCUCUCCGCGGAGUUACUGUUCGGCUAGAUUUCAGCCUGCGGGAUAACAAGACACUGCUGACGAUGGUGGAGUUCUCCAGAUCUUGUAUCUUCCCUACUAGAAAACUAUUGGUAUGCCUUCCCAAUGGAACCAUGACUGCUAUCAUGCUCAGCUUGGAUACCAAACCAGAGUUAAACCCUAACAGAACUCAUCUACGGGAUAAGAACUGUAGACCAGUUGCAGUUGAUGACACCAAGGCCCUCUUCAUUUUCUCUGUGGCCACCUGUGGUACCGUCAGAAGACUUGAAGGGAACUACUUCAUCUAUGAAAACGAAGUGAUUUUCGAGAGAGAGAUGAUUCCAGAAGCAAACCCCAUCAUAACCAGGGACCCUCAGUAUAGAUUGACUCUGCGCUGCCGUUACCGGCUCGAUGAGACCCUCCGAGUAUGGGCACAGCGAUUACUGACGGAGGGGGUGGCUGCCAGACCCCACCCCGUUGGUGUCAAAGGUAAGAAUGUCUUCUCCUGCGGGAGAUCUUGA